CUUGCUGCCUGGGCAGAAAGAGCCAUAAAGAGAACUUUCACUGCUUUUCCUGCUCUUACACCCCCCCACCCAAAACAACCACUUUCCUCCUUCCCACUCCAAAAUCUCUGCCAAGCACAGGAAACAGAAAGGCAGAGCUCUCUCUCUCUCUCUCUCUCUGAGAAGGGUUUUUGAGCCGUCGGAUAGAAGCUUCUGGGCAGUGGGAAUUGGUUCUGCCUUGGAAUUGUUCAGUAUAAUGAGAUGAAUACUACCACCGCAACAAAGUUCAUCAAAUGUGUCACAGUGGGAGAUGGAGCCGUUGGGAAAACUUGCCUUCUCAUCUCCUACACCAGCAACACCUUCCCCACUGAUUACGUUCCAACUGUUUUUGACAACUUCAGUGCCAAUGUCAAGGUUGAUGGGCAUACUAUAAACCUGGGUCUUUGGGAUACUGCUGGGCAAGAAGAUUACAACAGGCUGAGGCCUCUUAGUUAUAGAGGAGCUGAUGUUUUUGUCCUUGCCUUUUCUCUAAUAAGUAGGCCAAGUUUUGAAAAUAUAUCGAAAAAGUGGGUCCCUGAACUAAGGCAUUAUGCUCCAUCAGUACCCAUUAUUCUAGUGGGGACAAAACUAGAUUUGAGAGAAGACAAGCAAUUUCAAAUGAAUUAUCCUGGUGCAUCUACCAUUUCUACAGCACAGGGUGAAGAACUAAAGAAGCAAAUUGGAGCAGUGGCAUAUGUAGAGUGUAGCUCCAAGACGCAGCAGAAUGUGAAGGUUGUCUUCGAUGCUGCAAUCAAGGCGGUUUUGCAGCCGCCAAAGUCCAAGAGACACAGGAGAAAACACAAAGGCUGCAGCAUACUUUAACCGCAUCUUUCAACUGAUAUGAUUAGAAUGCUCUCUUGAUGAUGAAGAUGAACUCUCUUCCCAUCCUCUGUACAAGAUUAAGAAGAUGAUCUUUUCUGUCCAUUCUUUUCUUUCUUGGUGGGACUUCUUCUUCCUUUAUAUUCUUCUUCUGCGAGAUGUUUACUAUGCCAGUUUGUUUUUGCUGCCCCGUGUUAUUUUUAUCGUAAAAAAGAUGAUCUGGAGCUUGAAGAUGGUUUUCCAAAAUUGAAAGCAAAUUGUUCCUCAUUCUUGGAUGAAGAAUCCUAUUUCAUGUUGCAGAAAAGCAAUAGAAAGUCAUUGGAAAUACGGUGCUUUUGUAGACAAUUUACCUGUAUUGAAAGGGUAAGGGGCCGAUGGAACCAGAGGUUUCGACUAGAUCUCUGGAACCUGUCAUUGGGACGAUGGGUUCCGGGGAUCUGAACCCAGAGAGGGAGAGAGACGCGCUGCUGCUGCUUCUUCUUCUUCUUCAUCCAGCGACCGCCGACGUGGGCGCAAGCGGUGCAACGUGCGAAUGAUGACGACCAGUGAUGGCGGAAGGCAGUAGUGAAGACGCCGAAGUGAGAUUGGGG